UUUAAGAAUAUUUCAAUUCCUCAUGCUACAUUGCUGGUAGCUUGAAAUAGGCCAUGGUGGGUAUAUUUAGGUAAACUGCUGACUUACCAGGACAUGACUUCUCAAGAACCAUGGAGCAUAGUCCUUGAAAAGAGCAAGUAUUCAACAACUUUUCAAAUGAUACAGGAAAAAUUGCAAGUGUGCCCAUGUGUAGGUCAAGCCAGUCCAGCCAAUGUAGAAGGCGUGUACAUUGGGAACACUUAUUUUGAAGUGGUGACCUAAAAGCAAAAGAUACCUUGAAGUGAAAAGUCUUGAGUUCUUAUCUAGGAUGUCCAAGACACCCAAGGGAUUCUCUGGGGGAAUGAAAUGCUAUCUGUUUCCUGGAAAUACUUAUAUCACAAGGUCAGAGGAAACUGACAUGUCUAGGUGGUGAGUUGGAGGACUGAGCAGGCAUAGCUUGGAAGCAGGGAUUGGGGGAUUACCUGCCUCUAUCGCACCUCUGUGUUGAGAGAGAAAAAUAAGAGAGGUUGCUAUAUUUGUAAAAAAGACAUGAUGUUUUGUGUUUAUCUUAAAUUUAUUGUUUCAUUUGCCCAAAUCUGAUUUUUCUCUCAGCAAACGUUUGCCCACUGCCACCCACGAUUCCACUCUCAGAGAGCUGGUAAUCUUGCAGGGGAAGGAAUGCCUGCAGAGGUCAGAAAUAUGAAGUUCUCCUCAGGAGGUUGAAUUUAUUACCUCUUUUUACAUUGAAAGUACAAAUACAAAUUGAGUAAUGAGCCAAAUGACUGAAAUGAGAACCUACAUUCAGAGGUUCCUGUCUGUGUCUCUGCAACCACCUCAGGACUCACGCAUUUGGUUUCUCUGAGCCUGACCUUCUCUGCUUGCAGCGUCUCUUCAGUUAGAGUGGAGAACCGCAGUUGUGGCAGAGCUCAGUGCAUUGCUGCUCCUGGGUGCUCCUCAUCUUGGGUAAGCAGUUGCUUUGUAUUUUUAAGCAGUGAGUUGAACUUUUCUCUCUCAGAAGAAGGUUCUGGAGGUUUUAAUUGCAUUCUUUUUGGAUUGUGAGGCCACAAUCAGAACUCUCAACCUCUGUGGGAGGACUGUGUAAGCUAGUCUAGUGGGUGGGUGCCAUUUCCCCUUCUAUAGUGUAGAGUUACUUAUGUUAAGAUCCUCAGAGAAAAGAGUAGUAAGGCUUGCUUUUAAUAAAAGAGUAAAUGAUGAUAAAGCUUUAGUUUUUAAGUCCAGCUUGAUGCUGAAAACCACAAACCUGUGAGUUUAGGCAGAGCUCAUGGCCAGACCCUUCCUUCACUGUUUCUCUUCUCUCAGUCCUCAGCAGACUAAUAUUUAACCAUAAGAAGUCAGGACCUGAAACCUCACAAGAGAGCUGGGCUAUUGUCCAUACUUGUCACACCUUUUGUGUAGCCCUGAUCCCAGGAAGGACUGAUGUAGUGUGGUUUAGGUAACCUGGUCAGAGGGUGCAAACAGGAGUAAUGACUUCCAAGGUCCCCUUCUGUUAUGGGACAGGGCCCAGGCUUCAGGCCAGCCUGUUGGGUGUGUGCUCUUGACUUCAUGCAGGAAAGAUUUCACAACAUGACUCCAGGUGGUUUUGAGAGAAUGUUUAUUAAGGCUAGAGGUGGUGAAACAAAGGAAGGACUUAGGGUAGAAGAAGCAAUAGGAGAGAGUCUAGACUGUGCUCUGCUUUGGCUCCCCAGAAAUGAUACAGGAAAGAAGUGAGCCAAGGCAGGGCUGCUAUUAGCUCAUUGGAAAUUCAGACAAAAAGGGAGCCUUGGAGACAAGUUCAGGGGGUUAGCCUAGGAUGAAUUGCCACUCCCUGCUGCUCCCCAGGUUGCAAGUUUUGUGGGAACCCUUAGAGCUCAGGAGAAAACUGAAAAUUGAGUGCAGCAUGUUUUGCCUAUGGAAACUCAUCCUAAUGCCAGGAUUACUGGGUUAUUUCUUGGGUCUGAACGACUUGAUUGUUUCCUCCCUUGAGCUAACAGUCCACGUGAGUGAUUCAGUCCUGAUGGGAUGUGUUUUCCACAGCACAGAAGAGAAACGUAUAACCAAGGUAGACUGGAUAUUCUCAUCAGAGGAGCAUGCCAAGGAUGAUUAUGUGCUGUACUAUUAUGCAAACCUCAGUGUGCCUGUGGGACGCUUCCAGAAUCGUGUGCGCUUAGUGGGGGACAUCUCACACAAUGAUGGCUCUCUCCUGCUCCAAAAUGUGGAAGAGGCUGACCAGGGAAUCUAUACCUGUGAAAUCCGCCUUGAAAUGGAGAGCCAUGUGUUCAAAACACCAGUGGUACUGCAUGUACUACCAGAGGAGCCCAAAGAGCUCACAGUCCAUGUGGGUGAUUCAGCCCUAAUGGAAUGUGUUUUCCGGAGCACAGAAGAGAAUCUCAUGACCAAGGUAGACUGGAUGUUCUCACCAGAGGAGCACACCAAGGAGGAGAUUAUGUUGCGUUAUUACACCAAAAAAUUACCUAGUGGGUACCACCAGUAUGGGGGCCGCUUCCAGAACCGUGUAAACCUGGUGGGGAACACUGCCCACAAUGAUGGCUCCAUCAAGCUCCAAGGAGUGAAGGAAUCUGACAGAGGAAGCUACACCUGCAGUAUUCACCUGGGGAACCUGACAUUCAGAAAAACCAUUGUGCUACAUGUGAUUCAGAAAGAGCCCCAAACAUUGGUGACUCCAGUAGCUUCCAGACCUGAGAUCCUGGGUGGUAAUCAGCUGGUAACCAUUGUGGGGAUCGUUUGUGUCACUAUCCUGCUGCUUCCUGUCCUGAUAUUGAUUGUGAAGAGGACCUAUGGGAAUAAGAGUUCAAUAACUUCCACAACCCUGGUAAAAAGUCUGGAGAACACAAAGAAGGUUCACGCAGAGAACCAUGUUUAUUCCUCAAUAACUACACAGGAGGUGACAGAGGAAGAAGAACCAAGUGAGAAAUCAGAGGCCACCUACAUGACAAUGCACCCAGUUUGGCCUUCUCUGAGGUCAGCACCGAAUAACCCACUUGACAAAAAGUCAGCUGGGGAAAUGCCAAAACCAGAGCAAGCCUUUUAAGAAGAAAUGAGAGUUCCCUUCACCUUUAGGAGUGGCAGAGACCCUCCUCUGUGUGUCCUGAGUCGCUGCACCAGUUGUUACAGAACCCCCACCCUCCCAGUUGUCCUCCUGCCUCAUCUGUUGGUCAAGGGCUGAAGAUGGAAGGCUCACAGCCUGGCAGAAAGAUGGGGCAACUCUGCAAGAAUAGGCCUCAAUGAGAGGAGCAUGGACUUGACGCCUCUGCAGUGGGACACUGGCUCUGGGGACCCUGGCUGAGCUGCCAUAGCAGUGUCAAGCAUGCUGUCUGAUCAGACCCUCAGCUUGAAUGGUGUUCUUUGUGGAUGAGUUACUGGGAAGAAUCACAGAAAUAAAAACCAACCUAAAUGAUUCCUUUGGCACAUUAUCCUUGAAUAAAUGUGGUUUAUGGAAAUCA